AGCCCCUCUGAUUUCUUCACUUACCUCGACUAACUGCGUCACCCUCUUUGGCGAUGGUUACAGCCGGUGAAUCCGCCACGAGCAUCAACUUCUCGGACAAGCAACCCUCUCUGGUGCACGAAUCGUGAGAUCCUCUGCACAUGACGCAGUGUCCUCAUGAACUGAAAGAGAGUGCACUUUCGAGUCUGAUCUCCGGGAUCGACUUACCCUUCGCGGAGGGCUUGUCUGUGUGGUUUCGCAAUUAAAUGACUAUUAUGAAAGCCAGGAGAGAGAGAAAAAAUCCGAGAGGGAUGCUGUUUCCAUUUGCGGGUCACCGUAAAAACCACUUGCUGCAUUCACGGGGAAUUCCGUGAGAUUUUCAACACUUGUUCCGAUCUCCCGGAGGGAUGAAAAAAAUCAGGGCUAACAGGAGCGGGGAUGAUGUUUGAUAUAAAAUGCGUGGAGUGGUCCUGCAAGGAGUUCAGAAGUGAUUUGAUAGUCUGACCAAAAUGUUCCCAAUUAUUCCUCAUCACAUUGUUAAGACUGUGAAUCCCUGUGAGGACAAGUGUUUCAGGAUAUCCACCUUCGCUGCCCGGGUUAGACCAUCAGCUGGAAAUUUUCUGCCUAGGAAUACACAGUCGAAGCCCUACAGUAUCAUCCAGGCACCAGUGGAUGGCAGGAGUUGUGGUUUUGAAGUUAUCACCAUGAAAGGGCACCUUCAGCCGACGGAGAAGUCUCUGGGAAGCACGGGAGGAUGGAUUCGGCUGCUGCAGCUAUCAAGGGAUGUUCACAGUGGAAAUGUAUGUUUGGAGCUGACGAAUGGGGGAAGUUCUGUGAAUAUCCGCUGCACCAGGAAUAUCAGUGAAGGAGAGGAUCUUCAACUGUGGUUUUCAGAAGAAAUUCUGGCAUUCAUGCAGAUCCCUUUCUUGUCACCAGGGAACAUUCAAGGCCAGAAUCGCUACACCUGCCACAUUUGCGAGCGUGUCUUUGAGGAUCCUAAUCCGCUGAAGAUUCACCUGGCCACUUUCUGUGAGAAACACCCUGUGGAUGUCCUCUGGAAUCGUCUGAACUUCAUCCUCUCGUCGAGUUUUCGACCAUCUCCACCUUCUCCGCCACCCAAAACACCUCUAGCCGCGCCUUCUGACCCCUCCGGAGGCAGAUUUUCAGCCUUCCGACCAGUGACAUCGUCCCCACGUCUCGAGUCAUCCUCUCCGCCACCUUCAGCGGCUGCUGCAGCUGCCCAUCUUGAGACAAUUGUCAGCAAUAUGGGCUCCUCAAAAGCUGGACAUGUUUGUGUCUACUGCGGCAAACUCUAUUCCCGGAAAUACGGCCUCAAAAUCCACAUCCGGACACACACGGGCUUCAAGCCACUCAAAUGCAAAUUCUGCCUGAGACCCUUUGGAGAUCCCAGCAAUCUCAAUAAGCACGUGAGACUCCAUUCUCAGGCAAAUUCAGUGUACAAAUGCCAUAUCUGUGAUAAAGUUCUAGUCCGGAGACGAGAUCUUCAGCGACAUAUUCAAUCCAGGCACUGUUCUGAGACUCAGACAAUCCCCCUUUCAACCACAAUUAGCAGUUCCUCGAGCAGUGAAGACCUCACCAAUGGAUAA